AUACUAUGAAUGGUCAUGGUUUUUAUUUUAGCGUGGUUUCUUAGUUCGUGCGCAGUAGUUGGUCAAUCCCCCCCCCAAAGCCAGUCUUAUCCACAAUGAGCGCAAAUAGUAGCAUUCAACUCUCUUGUAGGGCCAGCAAUCACAUAACAUUUAACAAUGCUUUUACUCCCUCCUUCCCUCGUCAACUUUCUUCUCCAGUCUAUAUCAUUGUUUUCUUUUUCUCUCUCACCCCUCUCUCCCGAUUUAUCUUUCGGCCCUCGCCCUCACUUGUCUUGAGUGUCGUUGUCAACUUGUUGACAUCGUCCCGGUAUAGACAUACAUCUCUUCCCACCACCAACGAACCUUCCCUCACUUUGAACUCGUUGUCACUCCUCACCACCCACCCUGCGAAUUGCAGCGAGGUACAAAGAGCGUCUAUCGCACAUCCUCGCGCAUUGUAUCCACGGGUUCCGCUCUGUCGUAUCCAAGGAAACAGCAUCAGGAAUUGUAGGUUCCCCCGCGCGGCCCGGUCCCAGUACCGUACCUACCCCGAAACUCAAUCACCAUCCAGUAUGAGACCUCAACAAUCAGUGACCUCAACUGACUCAGUUACCCUGCAGACCCAGUGCUCGCUCUUACAUACUCGACCCUAGUCGUCGGAUUCAUUGCCUGCAUACAGGCUACCACUGCGCAUUCCUUUUCGGACGUGCCUGCACAACAUGCAGAGUCAAGAUUUCGCCGAUUUUGUCCUCUGUCCGGCUCAAUUCACCACCGACAA